AUGAGAAUGAUAGGCAACUUCUGGUACCAGCACACCAGUGUGGUGGGAAUGGUGAAGUCUGCAAUCGAGAUGCACAACAAGAAAAGCCAGGUACAAUCCAGCUAUGAGGUCCAUGUUAUCUGCGGUGUCAAUCAGGACGUGGGUGGCCGUGCGGACCCAAUGAGGCCCUUUCAACACAUUAGCCAUUGCUCCCACAUCAACUUCCUUGCCACUCAGGUUGCUGGCACUCCAAAGCUCUUCUUUGCCGAGUGUCGCAACGUCGGCUCCAAGGAGGCGGUGUUGUGCUGUCCUGUUGAUAUGCCACUUCCAGGCUCUGAGCAAGUCCGUUGCCUUUACUGUGAGUCCGGAGGGAGGACCAUGGUGCACCCGACGAAGGAGAGUUUCCUGGGGCGUGACAGAGAGUUUGAGGAGAUGUUCCGCGGCGAAGGAGACACCAGUGAUGACGUCAUGUCUCACAGCUAUUACAUAACCUUGUAUUUGGAUAAUCUGGAGGAGGACCGGAUCUACGGCGAUUACAGCUGCGACAGUGAACUCCAAGAGGAAGUGCGGUUGCUUGACAUAAAUUAA